AUGUACAAUAAUGGACGUUUUUACCCUUCCUAUUCCCAUGUUUAUCAAUAUUUCGUCCUCUGCCCUCUCGACCAAAUCCACCAUGUCCAUUUCAAUCUUCGUCCUCUGCCCUAUCCACCUAUUUCAAUCUCUAGAAAGCCCGAAUUCGAUGGCGGUGCCACACCGGCAUCAACAUCGUCAUUGCCCACAUCUGGAAGUCCUCUGUCCUCGCUAACACAACCAUCCUUGGCCACGACAGCGUCAUCUGGGCGAAAAGCGGCUUUACUUUUUAAAUCAAUAGUACGCUUUAUCACAUUUCUCGCCCUUUGUUUGCUUGUUCUGUAUGAGCGAUUGUCUGUUCAAAGCAGACGAAAUCAACUGGUAUUAAAAGAUUUGAAUGAGCAUAUAUCUCGCCUCAACUGGUUGCAUGUGAGGAUCCAAGUUGAACCUGCCAUUAUCAUCCAUAGAAAGAAGCUCAAGAUGAUGAACGCUCGACCGGACCAUCGUGACCUGGAUGGCGAUUCCGGUGCGCCACAUGUUUGUUGAUUUUGGUAUUGAGUAUUCAAGCUUUCAUAUUGUAUGGAUUCAACUAUUUUGAACGUACAAUUAUGUUUAGUAUUUUUUUGGUAUCCAUUGAUUAUGGAAUUAUGUUUGACAAUAUAAUGUGAUUCGAUCGUAUAUUGUUUAUUGGAUAUUUGGUUUGAUGCAA